AUGUCUCGUACUGACAACGUCGGCGUUUCCAGAACCCUGAACGCUGCACCGGUUGGAGCACCCAACGCUGCUAUACCAUCAAUGCCUUUCGGUAACUUACUCCUUGUGGGGAGCUGCACUCUGCUCUUUUUAUGCCAACAAGCGUUGCAAAUACCGCUAUCAGCAGUAUGCAUCGAUCCGGAGCUGCAGAUUUCCAGCAAUACGUACCGCUUAUUCACCGCUCCUUUUUUUCAUGUGAACCUUGUUCACAUCUUUGCGAAUAUGAUUGUGCUGCUGGACAUUGGGCCUCCGCUUGAACGCCGCCUUGGCUCCUUUCUCUUCCUAUUCAUUGUUUUUCUCAUGAUUUGCGUCUCUGGUGUUUUUAGAGCGAUUUUGGCGAUGUCUGUUCGGGUCGCCUUGACACCCUUCGAAAUGUCGACUAGAGCGCCCCUGCUGCCGCUCCUUUCGUACAUCCGUCGGCAGACGCACGCCUGUGCGGUGGGAUUUUCGGGCGUGCUUUUCGCUUUCUUGGUGAUCCACGUCCACCAGUUCGUCGCGACGGAUAUCCUAUGGAUACUGGGAGUCGUUCCAUGUCCGUCACGCUUCUAUCCUCUGGCAUUGUUGGUACUACUUCAACUCAUGGUUCCAGCUGUGGACCUUUGUGGUCAUCUAGCAGGUAUGCUGGUUGGUUACACUUACGUUCGAGGCUGGCUAUGGCCGCUGCUUGUUCAACUCAUACCGGGGGGGUUUAUACGGAACCUUGAUGAAAUACUUGGCUCCCGGAUAACAGUCUGGGCAGCAAAGCCUUCCGAUGAGGAAGGCAAUAUAAUGCGGAGCAAUAGGUUCCAUCCGAGCACAACGGCAACCUCAUUCUCAUCUAUGUUCGAAAAUGGUGCAAGAUUCUUCGAGUCGCUUCUCCGAAGAGUAUUGCCGUCAAGGCGAUCGAGCCAAACGCGGAUGCAGAACAAUCUUGACGAGUCAGUUGAAAGCGGCAUUGCAGCAGAGGUUAACACGGACCGUAACCAAGACGUUAUUCUUUAUGCUGAUACGCAUGAAACGGAAACGCAAGCUCCAGUCGAGCAGCUCGUUCGAGCAGGGUACCAGCCGAAUGAUGCGUUCGAAGCGCUCGCGGAGGUACAAGGGGACGUAGUGGCGGCUAGGCUGAUCAUCGACACUCGGCUUACCGCACAGCUGGUCGAAAUCGGGUUUGAUUCGACAGAUAUUGAGCAUGCGCUGCACUCAGGCUGCCCCAAAACCAUCACUGCAAUCGUUGAAUGGAUUAGUUCAUUAGAGCAUUGA